AGAUGGACUUUCUAAUCAGUACAUCACUGUCGGAAUCAACUUCCACAUCUGCUGAUUUUUGUGUAGUCUGUGGAGAUAAAGCUAUCGGAAAACAUUACGGAGCAGUCGCAUGUAAUGGAUGCAAAGGGUUUUUCCGUCGCAGCGUUUGGCAAAAUCUACAGUACACCUGCCGCUUCAACAAACAAUGCAACAUUGACAAAGAUCAUAGGAAUGCAUGCAGAUACUGUCGUUUUCAAAAGUGCCUCGCCGAUGGAAUGAAGCCCGAAGCAAUUCAAAACGAGCGGGAUCGUAUUGGUAGCACAAAGCGCAGAAAGAGGAGUGGAGCCAACUCAGAAAACAAUUCUGAUUCGGAGGGCACACCAAGUCCCAAGAUUGAAGUGAUGGGAAACUCCGUCUCACGCAAAUUAAUUGAAAUGCUUCUUGACAUUGAACAUCGUCUUGCAAGCAAUCAAAGCAUGAAUGCACUUCUCAGAGACGAAUCGGAAAUGAAGAACAGCCGUCAGCGUGCUGUUAACUAUUUGAUUGGAUGGACCAAUAUGUUGCAUCCGCUACCUGAAGUACCACUUGCUGACAAGGUCCUCUUGCUCAAAAAGUUCUCCUCUGCAUUCACACUACUAGGAACUUUGCAACGCAGCAUGGCUCUCCCACACUUUGUUCUUCCAAACGAUCAAGUGCUGAGCAUCUCAGCUUCGCAUCCUCCAGAGUUGUUCGAGGCCCUCACAAGAAUUAUCGAUGAGCUGUUGACACCUCUCCGAAGACUUCGCACGGAUCACGCAGAAUUUAGCUGUUUGAAAGCUCUGUUGCUUCUCAAUCCAGACGUGGUCGGAAUUUCAAAUAACACCCGCGAACGGAUCAGAGAGGCCCGUGAUGCAUUGCUCAAAACCCUCUUCGCCUACAUGAGCAACACACAAAACUCUAUUGAUGCAUCACUUCGUGUUUCCUCACUUCUCAUGAUUAUCCCAUCUCUGAUCUCGGUCAGCUCUUCAAUUAUGGAAUUUCCAGCGCUCAGUGAUCUUUUCGGGCUUGGAGAUGUUAUCAAGAGAGACACAAUUAGUCCUAAAAUUGAGACUCCACCUCUCGAGAUGAAACCAAUGAUGCCGAAAAUUGCACAACCUCCAGUGACAUCUGCUCCAACUGUUCCUACAAAUAUCAUGAUGAACAAGGAUUUAAUAUCACAGAUCAUGAACAACCCACAAUUGUUCCCUCUCCUCCCAAUGCCACAGACAGCUUCACCUCCAAUGAGCUUUAUGGGACAGUCGUAUAACAGGAAUUCGGAUGUCAUCUUCAGUCAAUGCCCGUCAAAGUGAUACUCUCCUGAAAUGACAGAAAGGACAAAGUGCCGAAACUACAGUAUCCCCUCUCCCCAAUAGUUCUUUCAUUAUGUGUCAUAGUUGAAUUGUUUUUUGGCUUCUAAUAAUAACUUUAACUAGAGACUCGCCUUAAUAUGUGUUUGCAUAAUCCUCAAUGUUUCACUUAUUACCCAUAAGUUAUAUUCUUGUUACCCUAAUUAACUCACAAUCUUGUAUCUCUCCUAAACAACAACUAUUCGUUCAGCAAAAAAACAAAGCCAACCCCCCACGAUUCUAGUCAAAUCGGUUAUAAUUUGUUCCAGCCAUGUGCACAUAUUCUUUACUCACCAGAUAAAACAAAAUUCCAAUACUGAAACGUGUUAUAUUCAGUGUUCUCAUUGCAAUUCUCUCCUUUGCCAAGAAUUCGAUUUUUUUUUCCUUUUCCUUCGUUUCAAAUGUUUGUUCCUUCCACUAUUUCACGCUCAUUGAUUACCACAUUAAAACAUUUUAAUCGAAAAUUGUAUAUUUAUCAAGUAUCUUGAUGAUAAAAUAUUUUUUUACACA